CCCGGAUGCGGCUGUGACUGACUAUACGAGGCAAAAAGACAUCGAAAGCUAAGUGGCGGUGCUGCAGCCCCAGUGGUCGUUGGCAGGAUGCAGACCAUAAAGUGUGUGGUGGUGGGUGAUGGGGCAGUCGGUAAAACCUGCCUGCUCAUCUCCUAUACCACCAAUGCCUUCCCUGAGGAGUACAUUCCCACAGUGUUUGACAACUACAGUGCUCAGAUGAGCGUGGAUGGACGCACAGUCAGCCUCAACUUGUGGGACACAGCUGGCCAGGAGGAGUAUGACCGCCUGCGCACCCUCUCUUACCCCCAGACCAACGUGUUCAUCAUCUGCUUCUCCAUUGGCAGCCCUUCAUCCCAUGCUAAUGUUAGGCACAAGUGGCACCCAGAGGUGUCCCACCACUGCCCCAAUGUUCCCAUUUUACUGGUGGGCACCAAGAGGGACCUGAGGGGCGAUGCAGAGACGGUGAAGAAACUAAAGGAGCAGGGCCUGACUCCCACCACCCAGCAGCAGGGUAAUGCCCUGGCCAAGCAGAUAGGAGCUGUCAAGUACAUGGAGUGUUCUGCGCUGCUGCAAGAAGGUGUCAAGGAAGUGUUUGCCGAAGCUGUCAGGGCAGUGUUGUACCCAGUCCUGAAAAAGAACACCAAGAAGUGUGUGCUGUUGUAAUGAAUGGUUCCCGGACUUGGACUGUGGAGGGAGAUGAGGGAAGGAUGGACAGACGCAGCAGGAGGCUGUGGAAGGUCAUCGUCUAGCAGCCAGCAGCCCACCUCCACCAGUGUAGACUCCUGUUUCAGCUCCUCUUUUACGCUUCUAUUCCUAAUUCAUCUCGUUGAGGAUUUCAUUCCGUUGCCGUCAUCACCAAAGUAACUAUGCCAAAAUGGGGGCUACAGAGUGGAUCUCUCUCUUUCUAGGUCUUUUUAUCUUUUAAUUUUUAAUAUUUGCAGUUUUCCCCCAGUUGUACACCUGUUGUAGACUAAUAGUCGUUGCUUUGCCUUAUAAAAAUCUCAUGCUGAUCACAGUCGUCUCAAGCCAUAACAACAAAAAUAAAAACAACCAACCAAGCUCCCCCUGUUUGACUGGAGAGAAGAGAGUUGGCUUUGUUCUGGUAGAGAAAUAAUGACUACCUCAUACUCUCACCUUGGGUGCAUCUCAGCAGUCUUUAGAAACUUUAACAAAUCCAUUUUCUCUAUUCCCUAUUUACAUGUUUUAAAAAAAGCAAAACGAAAGGCACAACAUCCACAGGUUGAAUAACUUAAUUUCAAGUUACAUGGGUAAAAACAAAUGCCAGUUUCCCCUAAUCAUUGUGUACAGAUUAGAGGUUAAACUCUUUACCACAGCAGUUCUUCGUGUGCUCAUUGUUGCAUGAUAGUGCUGUCUGGCAGUGUGCCCUGGCUGCCUCUUGUGCUGCUCUCUCUCACUGCCAUGCAUGGAGAGGCCAGUAGGCCCUGGGAGAUAAGCUGGACCAUUAAAAGCAGCCGACCGUUUGCCUUCUCCGUUGAUGGAGGAGCAAGUGUCCAUAAGGGUCUGCCAAAACAACAGCCAUUGCUACUGGGUUCCUUGUGUCUCCGGUUGAAGUACCUCUAUCCUCUGUACAUGUCAGGCUAACAAUGAGUACUAUUUGAACCACUCCCAUGCAUAGCUUUUUAACAGGUUAUGCAGUGAUUGUCUUGGCUAAUUGUGUUGACUGAAAUGUAGUUUUUCCUGAAUGUUCUUAACUCAUCAUGAGUGUGGUCAUGGCCAAAGUUAGUUAUUUUUCUUGUAACCUUUGUUGAUUUGAUCAGAGACAUGUUUGUGUCUUGUAGUUAAUGCUUGAAUUUGACAAACCAGAACUCACAAGUCUCCCCUUUUCAACUGCAUUAUUACCUUUUACAUUUUUUAAGGUUGAGAAGGUUUUUAUGACCGCCACAUGACUAUUUAUGAAUUGCCUGUAGUGCCAUAAUCAGUCAGGUUUAAUUGGCUUGUGCUCAACUGUAGUCUGGUUCCAACAGUUAAGUCAGUUAACUGAAAAUUAUUCCAUCUCAUAAGGAGCACAGUGCUAGAACUGCCUUGUAGCUUGUUGUUGGUACAUGUUUUCUUCCUUGCAGCACAAGUUUCACACACGGGGCUUUUUAUCUGGUCAGGUGCCUUAUUUAAACCAAAGACCGAAGCAGUGCUCCCACCCACACCUAAAGGCUCAUAUAGCACUGCAAGUCCCAUGAGGCGUCUUUGCAUUUGAAAUGAGAAUUGAAACAGGGGAAUCACUCGAGUUGUGGUUUCAUAAGACUUUUCAGAAGCUGAAUGCCGCAUUUCCUGCCUAUAAACAUACUCGACUCGUUUGCGACACACAGGUGCUAAAUGCACUCUGUGUCUGUGUGAAACAGGGUGCUUAAUGCCCACAGCUCUUAACUGAUUGUGGUUUACAUCCUUGCAUUGCUCCGCUGCAAUGAGGCCAAGACUUAUAAACAUAUAACUGACACGUAACAAGUGAGGCAAGAGCUCUCUGUUAGCGGAAAGGGCCUUGCCUACAUCGUUGAGGAUUUUUAUACUCUUAUAAAAUAUUUUUUUAAAUUGAUAAUUGGUUGCUUGUUGGUGCCCAGAACUGUCAGUAGUAACAGUAAUCCUUUUAACGUAUUGUUUUUUCCUGUUCUUUUCGUGUAUUCAUUUAAACAGGGCAUAUUUUUUUGUAAGUAAACCCAGACUGUGGCCUGUGUAAAGUAUAGAAAAUCUGAAGCAUGACACAAGUGGUAGGUUGUGUAUUACAGCAGUGAGGCGGUUUGUCUGAGAUCUGCAGAAGUAUGAUAUUUUCACAGAUAAAUAUGACUGUGGAGGGGUGAAUGUAAGUGUAUGAUGUGUCAAAACUGUCAACUGUAUGUGAGGUUUUUUUUUUUUCUGCCAUGUCCCGAUUUCACUCAGUUAUGCUGUUGAAGUGGAACAUACACCUGUGGGUUUUCUCUGUGUCCCGGAGCUGUCUGUAUGCUACCGUGUGUGUGGUACUACACUUUUACACUGGGAACUUGAUUUGUAGAAAUCUAUUUGUAAUUGUUUUAUAUAUAACAAAAGCAUAUUUGUAUAAAUGAACUAACAGUGAGAUGAUUUUAAAUUAUGCCAAAUAAAACGGUGGUUAAACCCAAAUGGUA